UCGCUGUCUUUUUACCCAACUGAGUCAACUCAAUAAGACCAUAAACAACAGGUUCUUCGCGAUUCUCGCGACAGCAUUCAGCAAAGUCAUUUCAUUUCUCUCAUGGACUCCACCGAGUCGAUGAGACGAGUCUUGACGGCGGAGAUUGGUAAAACUAAGCUUGAUUCCGGAUGGCUCGCCGCCAGAUCGAGCGAGAUUCAGCUCACCGGCACUCAGCUCACCACUACUCACCCGCCGACAAAGUCCACCGCGCCGUGGAUGGAGGCCGCUGUCCCCGGAACUGUUUUGGGAACCCUUGUAAAGAAUAAAGUUGUGCCCGAUCCUUUUUAUGGAUUGGAGAAUGAGACGAUUGUAGAUAUAGCCGAUUCUGGAAGGGAAUUUUACACUUUCUGGUUUUUUACAACUUUUCAGUGUAAGCUGUUAGGGGAACAGCAGUUGGAUCUGAAUUUUCGUGCAAUAAACUACUCGGGUGAACUAUACUUAAAUGGUCACAAAAAGGUUCUCCCAAAAGGAAUGUUUAGAAGACAUUCUCUUGAUGUUACUGAUAUUUUGCAUCCUGAUGGUCAAAACUUGCUAGCUGUUCUUAUACACCCUCCUGAUCAUCCUGGGCGAAUUCCUCCUGAGGGUGGGCAAGGUGGGGAUCAUGAGAUUGGAAAAGAUGUUGCAACACAAUACGUGGAGGGCUGGGAUUGGAUGGCUCCAAUAAGGGAUAGGAAUACCGGCAUAUGGGAUGAAGUGUCAAUUUCUGUCACAGGGCCUGUGAAAAUAAUCGAUCCCCACUUGGUUUCGUCAUUUUUUGACAAUUACAAAAGGGUCUAUCUGCAUGCCACAACUGAAUUUGAGAACAGAAGCAAAUGGGUUGCUGAGUGUUCCUUGAACAUCCAAGUGACCACAGAACUGGAAGGAGAUGUUUGCUUAGUGGAGCAUCUUCAGACUCAACAUAUGUUGAUCCAUCCUGGAGCACGUGUACAGUAUACUUUUCCUCAGCUGUUUUUCUACAAGCCCAAUUUAUGGUGGCCAAAUGGCAUGGGAAAGCAAGCAUUAUACAAUGUUCAGAUUAGUGUUGAGGUAAAGGGAUAUGGAAAAUCUGAUUCAUGGAGCCAUCUAUUUGGGUUCCGCAAAAUAGAGUCCUACAUUGAUAAUGCCACAGGUGGAAGGUUGUUCAAGGUCAAUGGGCAGCCUAUAUUUAUUCGUGGUGGUAAUUGGAUUUUGUCAGAUGGGUUACUACGGCUUUCUAAAGAACGUUAUAGAACAGACAUCAAGUUCCAUGCAGAUAUGAAUCUAAACAUGAUCCGUUGUUGGGCUGGAGGCUUGGCUGAGAGGCCGGAGUUUUAUCAUUAUUGUGAUAUUUAUGGAUUGCUGGUCUGGCAAGAGUUUUGGAUUACCGGAGAUGUGGAUGGAAGAGGUAUCCCAGUAUCAAACCCAAAUGGUCCCCUUGAUCAUGACCUAUUUAUGCUAUGUGCAAGAGAUACUGUCAAGCUUCUCAGGAACCAUGCCAGUCUUGCACUCUGGGUGGGUGGAAAUGAACAGGUUCCACCAAAAGACCUCAAUGAUGCUUUAAAGAAUGACCUGAAACUCCAUCCUUAUUUUGAGAGUUCCGGUGAAACUGAGAAUUCUAUGCCAGAUUUGCCCCUGGCAGCCAGUGAUCCUAGCCAAUAUCUUGAUGGUACCCGCAUUUAUGUCCGGGGAUCUAUGUGGGAUGGCUUUGCAGAUGGAAAGGGGAACUGGACUGAUGGUCCUUAUGAAAUCCAAUAUCCUGAAGACUUUUUUAAGGAUAGUUUUUACCAGUAUGGAUUCAAUCCUGAGGUUGGUAGUGUGGGAAUCCCAGUUGCAGCCACCAUCAGAGCAACCAUGCCUCCAGAAGGAUGGCAAAUUCCAGUGUUUAAAAAGAAUUCUGAUGGUUACAUAGAAGAAGUUCCAAACCCUACUUGGACAUACCAUAAAUACAUUCCUUAUUCAAAACCAGGCAAGGUUCAUGAUCAGAUUGAACUGUAUGGAUUGCCAAAGGACCUCGAUGAUUUUUGUUUGAAGGCUCAACUUGUCAACUACAUUCAAUAUAGAGCUCUACUGGAGGGCUGGACUUCUCGCAUGUGGAGCAAAUACACUGGUUUCUUGAUUUGGAAGACUCAGAAUCCAUGGACAGGUCUUAGAGGUCAGUUUUAUGAUCAUCUCCAUGACCAAAAUGCUGGAUUCUAUGGCGUUCGAUGUGCUGCAGAGCCAAUUCAUGUCCAGCUGAACCUCUCUUCAUAUUAUAUUGAGGUUGUUAACACUACAUCACAAGAACUCUCUGACGUGGCUAUUGAAGCAUCAGUGUGGGAUCUAGAAGGAGCAUGCCCAUAUUACAAAGUUAAUGAUAAGCUUUCUGUGCAACAGAAGAAAACAGUACCCAUUUGCGAGAUGAAGUAUCCCAAGUCUAAAAACCCAAAGCCAGUCUACUUUCUUCUUCUCAAACUCUACAAAAUGUCCGAUUACAGCAUUAUAUCUCGGAACUUCUACUGGUUGCAUCUACCUGGUGGAGAUUACAAGCUGUUGGAGCCAUACAGGAAGAGAAAGAUACCCCUCAAGAUAACAUCAAAGGUUUUUAUGGAAGGGUCCACUUAUGAAAUUGAAAUGCACGUGCAGAACAAAUCGAAGAAAACAGAAUCUGAAAAUUUGACAUAUAAAAAUAAUUUCGCUCCUAUAAUUGCUGAUGGUGAUUUUGAUAUGGCUUCGACAGAAGCUGCUGCACGUAAAGUCGAGGAAAAGCAAGAAGCUGGUUUCUUCAGGAGAAUAUGCAGCCGUUUUACAAAGGACACUGACAACUUAAAGGUUGCUGAACUGAAUGGAACUGACGAAGGAGUUGCUUUCUUCCUUCAUUUUUCCAUUCAUGCCUCAAGUAGAGAACACAAGGAAGGCGAAGACACAAGAAUUCUUCCAGUUCAUUACUCAGACAACUAUUUUUCACUUGUGCCCGGUGAACAGAUACCCAUCAAGAUCACUUUUGAGGUUCCUCACGGUGUCACCCCUCGAGUAACGCUCCAAGGCUGGAACUACCAUGUUGGACAUACUAUAUUCUAAGCUGGUAAGAAUUCUUCUCUGCUUUUGUAGCUUGCAAAAUCUGAUCUCUCCGUGGUUUCAGAAUUGAGGCUCAACUUUUAUACAAAUAAAUAAAUGAAUAAUUGCCCUUUCUUGCUCCUGGUGAAAUAUUUAUUACUGAAAAUUCUCUGGUAUAAGGGAAAAUAACGUCGGCAAUUGGAGGAAAAUUUGAGUUUGUUAUUUAUUUGUUUCACUGUGUUCAAGAAAAUGCCCUCAUAUCUAGAACAGUUGUUUUUCAUUUUAUCUUGGUUUCAAUUGUAAGUAAAGUUUACAGAUGGACAGCGUUUAACAUUGAAAGAUCAAAGUGAUCGAUCUUUUGUUUGCUUUUACUCUAUUUAUUCAUCCAUAUUAUAUUUAUUGAACGGUUAUUUGAUUAAAGAAAUGGAAUGAAAAGAUAUGAUUAUUGUGA